CGGAAAGCCAUGGCGGGCGAGAUGCGGCAUCCCACUCUGCCUCAUACCAAACAACCUUUAUAUGCAUUCUUGCCUCUUGUGGCUGCGACUGCUUUCGUUGCCGAAAUUUACCCGUACUUCAUCAAUCAGUCGCCCCUCAGCGCUAACAAUGGCUACUAGUGCUGUGCACAAGUUCCGUCCGGUGGUGGUAUCUGGCCCCUCGGGCACAGGAAAGUCGACUCUCCUGAAACGACUAUUCGCCGAAAUCCCUGAUCGUUUCGGCUUCUCGAUUUCGCAUACCACCCGCGCACCUCGACCGGGUGAGGAACAUGGCCGCGAAUACUACUUUACGACAAAGGAGGACUUUUUGGAUCUCGUGAGCAAGAACGGCUUCAUCGAACAUGCGCAGUUCGGCGGAAACUACUACGGCACUAGUGUGCAAGCGGUGAAGAACAUCGCGGAGCAGCACCGGAUCUGUAUUCUCGAUAUUGAGAUGGAGGGAGUGAAGCAGGUGAAGCGCACCGAUCUUAACGCCCGUUUCCUGUUUCUGGCACCUCCUUCGGUGGAGGAGUUGGAGAGGAGGUUGCGUGGAAGAGGCACAGAGACCGAGGAGAGCUUGACGAAGCGUCUUACUCAAGCGAAGAACGAGCUCGAGUUCUCUAAGGAGCCGGGUGCUCACGACAAGAUCGUUGUCAACGACGACCUGGAGAAGGCGUACACGGAGCUGAGGGAUUGGAUCGUUGACGGCGGUAAAUUCGGUGCCUCGCAAUGAUCAGUUCUUUGAUGGAGCUGCACAAGCCAUGUCGCCUUUGAUUAGUAUAAAUAGUCCUAUAUUAGACCGUGUGCUUCCCAUAGAUAUGACUAUGUUAAGAACAGUAAUGAUCCUAUGCUUGGGAACCAG